GCGCGGCAGAACCUCUCAUGUCGGCGCGGGGUACGGUGUGGUGCCGUGUGAGGGGUCGCCUGCGCGCCUUCCCCGAGCACCUGGCGACCUGCGGGGCCGAGGCCGCGGCGGACGGCAGGGCGGCAGGCCUCCACGGCCCCGGGCGGACGCCUGAGGCGGGACCUCUGCGUACGGGAGUUCGAAGCCCUGCGGAGCUGCUUCGCUGCCGCGGCCAAGAAGACCCUGGAGGGAGGCGGCAGUUAGGAGAAACCCUGGGCUGCAGUUCGCAUACUCACCCGCGUGUCGGCACAAGCACCUCGCACUACCCUGGGCAGCCCCGCAGGACAUCGUGAGGGUGGAAAGGAAGAGGGACCACGGAAUCCUGAUGUCAGGCCGUAUCCUCAGCAGGCUGACCUGGAUCAGGAUCCGGGUCAGUAUGACGGGGCCAACCCAGCAAGACAGACCGAUCAUGCGUGGUUCCAGGUUCUCCCAGGCAUGGAGGAGCCUACAAGCCCCUGUGGGAACUGGCAGGGUCGGUGGUGGUGGCCCUCUGCCUCAGGAUCCCCACUUGAAAACAUCCCCCCAGAAAUAGCUCACUGAAUCUAGUGAAGCUUGGAGCCCUAAGUAUUGUCCAGGACACACUCAGAGAAAGCAUAGCAACUCCUGGGGGCCCAGAGCCCUGGAAGCCUCUCGGAACUUUCUAGGCUUGGGAGCUGGUCUGGGUCAGAGCAGAGCAAUAGGUACCUGAGCCACCCACAAGGUCUGCCCAGGCCACCAGCAAGAGACUUUGCUCCCCUCCUAGGGGUUAGCUGCCCCUCUAUACACUCCGCUCGGGGUCCAAGCCCAGUAAUCACCGAUGGCUUCUGGGCUGCCCCUCCCCCUUCCCUGGAACCAAGGUCAGAGGUACAACACCCCCCACACGUUUGGGGAGACCCAGGAUGGACUCUGCCCCAGGCCACCCCUACAUGCUGUCCCAGGGUUGGCCUUGUGUCCCCCAGCAUGAAACCCUGUGUCUGACACAUGGUCUGAGUUUGCAGGAGCCAGUCGUUUCCCAAGGUUCCGGGGUGGCUGGAUCUGGUCCCAAUGUGGGAUCUCACCGGAAUCAUAGGACUUCAGGACCAGGAUGUGUCAACGUGACCCUGAGCUGAGCCGCCACAGCCCGCCUCUUCUGCUGCCCUGUCCUCUGCUCACUGGCCAGGGCUUCCAGCAUCCGCUCCCUGGUGUCCCACACUGGCCCCAGCAGGGCACACUGCUGGCCGCGCAGACCUGCCUUGUCCAUGUUCCCCGUUGCCCUCACUCUAGCCCCAUCCCCUGGGCAGACAGCUCUCCCCUCAGCCUUGUUCCUGAGCCUGCCCUCUGGCUGCGCCCAGACUCAACCUUCAGGGCUCGUUAUGGGUGAGGUGGGUGCCACCAGAGGCCGCAGUGUGCCUGUGAUGCCAGCUGCUCGGAGGCCGAGGGCAGCCUAGACAACACAGCAGGCCUGUCUCCUCAAAUACAAAGGGGGGGGGUGUGAUAGUUAAAAGUGCUGGACUCUCAUGGCUGAUCACCGUUGCGUCCCAGACCUAGAGGCUUGAAACGGCUGAGCACAUGUGCCUCCGAAAUCCUUGGAGAAUAGAGCAGGGAUUGCAGCACAGCCACCCCGGGGGUGAUCUCAUUUCCCCGUCUCCAGUGAGUGCACGUGCCUACGGUAGGGCCUAAAAUAAACAGUUGGUGCCGGCCACA